CGCGGCAAUCCCUGGAACCAUCGUAUGAAGUAUGAGUGACUUUUGCUCCCUGCCGAUCAUUGUUACCCCAGACGACAAUGCCUGGGAUAUCGAUACUUCUUCCUAUGCCGACUGUGGGCACUUUGUGGACUGGGAUCUGUUCUCCAUCAAGCCUCAGAAGCAGAGUCCUUCACAUCUGGAAAUUCCCUUCUCUGCCAAGGAACUGAAGCGGAUGGCCAGAGAGGGCACUUGGGCCGGCCAUAGAACCCUGAGAUCCGAGGCCUACAACAAGAUCAUCAAGAACAUCAACUGCCGGAUAUUCACACCCAAUGGCACGGUUUACCAUGAUAUAGCCGAGAGGCUUUUCGGUCAUGGUGGCCCACUUGACCAUCCUUUGCCAGAGUUCGUGGACGGUUGUCUUCUGCCUAUGUACUGCCUCAACGCUAGAGGAGAGAUGGCCGUGAAGAAGGUGCUGAUCUGUAUCGGUAACCAGUAUCCGGACAUCACCUAUUCUCCCUCCUUGCCGGCAGUGGUGGCGCUCUUGAUGCACUUCAGCGAAGAUGAGGCGGAGUGUUUCGAGAAGGUCUGCCGCCUCAUCUCCUGCACUGAUCCACACAAGUCUUACAUUGAGCAAAGCUUUCUGUCCUACGAAGCCUCAAGCAUGGCCUUUGGCGACUUAGCCAAGAAAUAUUGCCAAGCUGGUCAUAAAUUCAUCGCUACCAACUGUGAAAAUUCCUCAGAUGUCUUCUCCGACUGGCAAACAUGGGUUUUUGGUGAUCUACCCUUUGAGUACGCUGUUAGGGUCUUUGACGUUUUUCUUCUCGAGGGCAACAAAGUCUUGUACAGGGUGGCUCUAGCCCUGCUCAAACAGUACAAACUCCAAGUUGACUACGUAGGACAGGACAUCAGGUCCGACAUUCAGAAUUUUGUGAAGAACAUCUCCCAACAUUUCUGUGUAGAGAAGCUGUUGGAGAAAGCUUUCAGUAUUCGACUUUUCACCCACAAAGAGAUCUGGUUGUUGCACAUGGCCAACAGCAAAGCCUUGUCCCAAGGUGGGAUCACUGUCAUGCAGCGAAGGCAGCCUGUGCAUAUAUCGGUCGACAUUUCAAAUUUCAGCUCUGAAAUUGUCACGGCACUGGAAAUGAGGGUGGUCUGGUCCUGGAUACCGGAACGUUUUUCCCUGUACCCCCCUGUCCUGCUGUUCUCUACGAUGGAACAUGGCUAUAGCUUACAGAGAUUUUAUUCCCACUGUGAAGGGUUUGAACCUACCGUCUUGCUGAUCAAGACAACUGCAAACCAGGUAUGUGGAGCCUACCUCUCCUCUGACUGGAAUGAGCGGCGGAAAUGUUGCGGGCAAGUGGCUACCUUUUUCGGCACCGGAGAAUGCUUUGUGUUUACCGUCCGCCCAGAGAUGGAGAGGUACGAGUGGGUCGUGGUGAAGAAGCCAGAGAUGGUGAAGGUAGCACCGCCUUCCCCGCGCUCCAGACCUCGCUCUUACUCCCAUGGUGCCCAUCUCAUUCCACCCCCUCGGUGCCCACCUUCGCCUAUGAUGUCCUCUGCUCCCAGCAGCCCUUCCCAGUCCUCAAACUUCCUAUCUGUUCCCGGAGAAGGAAACCCAAACCGAUUAUCACCGUUCCUGUCCGUCCGUCACUUCCAGCUGCAUUCCAAAACUGCCUCCAUGUUCAUGUCUGGCAACAGCCAAGGUUUUAUCAUAGGUGGCGGCGGGGGUCAGGCCUUGAACAUUGACGCAGAUCUGAACGUUGGGCGGACGGAAAACUGUGAGACCUUUGACAACCCGCCGCUCUGCGAGGAGAACUUUCACAUCCAGCACCUGGAGGUCUGGGGCUGCCAGAAUUCCUGAACACCCAGAUGAGCCACAAAGGAGACCAUUGUAUGAGUUACGGAUGGGGCGGCCAGAGCCAGCACCGCGCUCUUCUGAUCCGUACAAAAUGGCCGCCGACUUUCCUGUAUUUGUCCUCUCCAUCCAGGUGUUUGGAGGAGAUAUUGAGGACGGAACAGAUUAAAAA